AUGGCAGCGACCAAGUUGAAACCCCUGCCGCCCGUCUCCGUCCAAUUCCUUGGAACCAGCAGCGGCGGAGGCCCCAUCCAGAGCCGCAAUUGCUCCUCUUUGGCCGUGGAUUUUGGCAACGAAAUUUGGAUAUUUGACACGGCAGACGGUACACUUGGCCGGCUACAUCAAUCGUCACUCAAAGUCGCCAAUAUCAGCCGCAUCUUUAUUACCCAUCUACAUCUGGACCAUGUACUCGGUCUGGUACCCGUACUCACGACUGUCAUGAGCGGUGUCGGCACAACAGAGGCGGAGACCCAGCGCGUCAAGGACCAGGGAUUGAAGAAGAAGGCAAAUUUCAACAUUUACGGCCCGACGGGUCUUCGCAAGAUGGUUCGAAGUCUAUUGCAGACUGUCCAUGCGAAUCUCUCUGGCGUCUUUGCCGUACAUGAAAUUCUGCAUGAAGGAGAAGAGCCUUCUGCCGCGUGUGGCGUGGAGGACAUACACACGAACGAGGCGGUAGGCUCAGACUUUCGAACGGAUAGCGACGGUGUCUGGAGAGAUGUGCUGCAAGAGGGCAAUGGAAAGGGCGGCAAGGGGUGGAAGGUGGAGGCUGGACCUAUACAUCACAGAAUCCCAUGCUUGGGCUACGUCCUGCAAGAGCCUACGCCCCGGUUAUCACUCGACACCCAAACCCUGAUACCCCUCCUACAAUCCAACGCUGCUGCUCUCGCCGAGCGGGACCCUCCAGUAAAACACCCCUUGUCUCUUCUAUCGCACCUCACCUCUUUACCAUCGCCCCCACCCUACCAACUCCCCUCGGGUGAAACCAUAUCCCCGCCAGAACCUUCGGGGGUUCCUCCGCGCAAAAUUGUCAUUUUCGGCGACUGCAAUGGCGGCACACCAAACGACACGUUCAGGAGUAUGUGCUCUGAUGCUAGUCUACUGGUACAUGAGUGUACCAAUGCUGCCAUCCCUCAGGCCAUACAAAAAGGAGAGAAGGGCCAAAAAGUGAGGCAGCGAGAUUUGGAAUCCAGCCUUGUCGUUUCUCGCGGCGGAGUGACGGCUGGCGCGGGAAAAUCCCCAUCGGUCACUCACCCACGCCCCUCGCGGUGGGCAGGGGAAGACAGCAACGAGGAUACCUUUCAAAACGACGAAGAAGUUUUCGCCGAUGAAUCGAGGGCGCGCGAAGUGAUCCGGAAGGCCCAGAGCAGGGGUCACUCGACUCCUAAUGAGGUUGGGAUGUUUGCGAGAGAUAUCAAAGCGAGAAGAGUUGCUGUCAACCAUUUCUCUGCCAUGUUCCCGUCCCCCCGCUACAGUACUUCACAUCCCUUUCCACCCAUUCUCUCCCCCAUCAACUCCUUCCCCUACCCUUCCCCCACACCUUUGCCACAUACCAGCGACCCUCCGAUUCCCCCGAUUCCCCUCUCCUCCAAACACUCGAGCGAACUGCAUGCUCGUCUGAUCAUGCAAUCUAUCGCAGAUCAAAUAUCGAAACACUGCGUAUCACCGUCCGUCAUGCUCGAGGGUCAAGAACCCGCAGAUAUUUGCAAGACGGGAAUGGUGGUACCGAGCAGGGAUUUCAUGUAUCUGCCAGUGUACUCGCAUGAGCUCACGGAUGCCGAGGUGGCAGAUGUGAAGGCUCACAAGGAGGUAACCGACAAGGUCACCCGAGAGUGGAAAGUGAACGGGGGUGUGCGGUUGGACAGGGGUGAAGCGGCGGACUGGGUAGGAGUUGGAAACGAGAAUGAUGUCAAAGACGCGAGGUGGAAAUUUGUGGAAGAAGAGGGAUCUUGGGCUGCUGUAGAAAUAGAAUAG